AUGAGAAGGCCGUCGAGCACGCCAUCCUCCAACAGCACUUUACGGAUCGAGCUUCUGCCGUCUUUGCUGCAGCCUGUACCCUUUUACGUCCGCCGGCGGCCGUUCUUGGACAGCAUGGUGGCCAGCACGACCCUUGGGUGCAGGGAGACUUGGUCACGUGCCGGAAUGCCGGCUGCCACUUGCGGAGCCAUAAGAAGAAUCUGUCCUUGUACAAAUCUGGUGGCGCCGAGAGCGCCACGUGCCCAAUCGACCAGGCCAAGGCUGCGAAGGGCCAGUAUGAAAAAGCCGUCGAGCACGGAGACUUGGUCACGUGCCGGAAUGCCGGCUGCCACUUGCGGAGCCAUACGAAGAAUCUUUACUUGUACUAAAUCUGGUGGCCGCAAGGGCGGCACGUGCCCAAUCGACCAGGCCAAGGCUGCGCAGGGCCAGGCGCAGCAGACGAAGAAGCGGCCUGCAUCAGGAGUCAUGCUCUUGCCAAUCCCGGCUUUUCGUAUCGUGCUGGAUUGGGUGGUCGGGUGGCCCUGCCGGCUGACGACCGCCGUUCAAG